UUAUAUUAACACUAGCACACUAUGUAGUGUAACGUUUACGAAGUAUCCUUAAAACGGCGGUUUAGUUUCGGUUAAUAAAAAUGGCGUCUAAAACAACAGCAGCCUGUUUGACGUGGAGGACGUUCGGUCCUUUCACCCUCCACUCUCCACGCACUUUAUCAGCACUCAAUAUACGGAAGUGUAGCGCCAACCUGGCAACCCAGCGGGACAAAACCCCAAAGAGAUCUCCCUACAGACCGGCGGUCAGCUCCACGCACGACUGGAUCGGUCCACCGAACCCUCUUUCCAACCUGCGGCCCAUCGUUUACCGCGUCCCUGAGAACGAGUCCGAGCUGGAGAAGCGUCUGAGACACCUGAGGCAGGAGACCGAGGACUGGAACCACACCUUCUGGACCAAACAGAACUUCACCUUCAACAAGGAAAAAGAUGCGUUCAUCUUUUCACAACUGAACUCAAAAGGCUUGACUGUGCGUGAUGAGCAAGGACGCCGCCGGGCCCUGAACAGUGAAGAAAUGGCCGUGUUUUACAAAGGCUUCCUGGACACAAACAGAAUACGACAUGCAAAUUAUAACAAGGAAUGGUACCGGCGUAACUUCACCAUCACCUUGCUCAUGGCCCGAGUCGCCCUGAAGGACAUCUGGAGGACUGUUAGUGAAAGACGACGCAAGAAUAACGGCACUCCUGCCACAUAAAUAAAAUAUUCAUCCUGCCUUUUAUCUUUA